AAUGUGAAGGAAAAAUAGCGGCGUAGCCGAGGCCGAGGGUAUCCGAGGGUUACGUGUUACGCCUCGUGGAGUGGAGUGGUGCUCCCUACGACGCAGCUGGUGAUAGAAGCGUGGUACGACCUGCCAUACAGUCAUGGAACCGCUGAAAAAACGCAAGAAGCGCGGACGUUACAAGGAAUACUUACAUCCUGGAGCAACGUUUUCCGUACCCAGGUCUACAGAUGCAUCCGCGCGGCUUCGAACGGCAUCUGCAGCAGCGACAUCCCAGCCGGUCAGCGCUUCCUGCGAUAUUAACCAGGAUGACAGCGUAGCGAUGGGCCAAGAAUGCAGCGCCGAGGCAUCUGCUACGCCAGUCGGGGCACAUGGCAUGGAAUCGCAGGAUCUCACAGAUGAUGAAUUCAACAGUACCGAUGUGCGCGAAUGUGACCUUAACGGAAAUGUUGACUUGGAAGGUCAUAACCAGGAUGCACAAGAGCAAGAAGAGGGCUCGAGUGAGCCAUAA